AUGAGUCAAACCGUGAUUUCUACUCAGCCGGGAGUUGUUGUACAGCCAACUGGAACAGUAUGGAUGCCAAUGCCAGAAAUAAUGCAAGGGGUUCCAUCUGGAUUGGAAUAUCUCACAUAUCUCGACCACUUGAUGGUUUAUCAGCUAAAAGAAUUGAUCGAGAUUGUAACUGAUUGGGAGACUCGCAACAAAUACGUUCUGAAGAAUGCGAACGGCGAGCAGACGUACUACGCAUUCGAAGAAUCCGGAUGCUGUGUUCGGCAAUGUUGCGCCGAAAACAGGGGAUUCAUAAUGCAUAUUGUCGACAAUUUCAAAAAGGAAGUGAUCACAAUCAAGCGCGAUUUUAAGUGCUGCGCCGGCGGCAUGUCGUGUCUGGCAUUCUGCGGAUGCUGCCAACAAGAAUGCACCGUCGAAUCGCCGACCGCCGGACUGCUUGGAUCGAUUCGUCAGCGAUGCGCAUGCUGCUCGUCCGCCUUCGAUGUUCUCGAUUCGAACGGAGAUGUCAUAUUCAAAAUUGAUGGUCCCUGCUCUUGUCUAAUGAUUGGAUGUCAAGACAAGGAAUUUCCGAUCAAAACGUUGAAUGGGACAGUGAUUGGAGCGAUUACUAAGAAAUGGGGAGGAUUUUGUCGAGAAGCGCUGACGGAUGCCGACACGUUCGCGGUGAACUUUCCGGGUGAUCUCGAUGUGAAGUUGAAGGCAGUGCUUCUUGGCGCAACAUUUUUAAUUGAUUUCAUGGAGUUUGAGAAACCGUCGAACAGGAAUGAUUGA